ACUAGCUAAGAAUCAUGUCAAUUUUUCUCAUUGUUCUCCUCUCCCUCUCUACAAUCCAUAUCUCUUCUUCAUCUGAAUCUUCCUUCACUUCAACAACAAGAACCUGUUCUAAACAUGGAGAGUUAGCUUUCUUUGGAAACCAUCAUAACUUACCAGACAAUUCUCUUGUGAUCACUGUUGAUCCGAAUGGACAUGGUAACUUCACCAAAGUUCAAAACGCCAUUGAUGCUGUACCUGAUUUAAGCUCUUCCAAGACUCUCAUCAUCAUCAAUUCAGGAGUUUACAGGGAAAAGGUUAUGGUUAGUGUAAACAAGACAAACAUUAUGAUGAAAGGCAGAGGAUAUCAAAGAACGAUUAUUGAGUGGAAUGAUACUUCUCGUUCAUCAGGAAGAACUCAAGAUAGCUACUCUUUUGGUAUAUUUGCAGCAAAUUUCGUUGCUUAUAAUAUCAGCUUCAAGAACUAUGCUCCAGAACCUGAACCCGGUGUUGAAGGUGCACAAGCUGUAGCCAUUAGAAUUGAUGGAGAUCAAGCAGCAUUCUAUGGGUGUGGAUUCUACAGUGCUCAAGACACCGUCUUGGAUAGCAAUGGAAGGCAUUACUUCAAGCAAUGCGUCAUCCAAGGCUCCAUUGACUUCAUAUAUGGCAAAGGAAGAUCGCUGUAUGAUGAAUGCUUAAUAAGGUCUAUAGCCAAAGAGAGUACCUCAGGGAUUAGUGGAAUCAUUACAGCUCAGGGAAGGGAAUCAAUUGAUGAGAAGUCUGGAUUUUCUUUCUUAAAGUGUAAGAUAGAGGGAACCGGGAAGGUGUGGCUUGGGCGACCCUGGAGAGCCUAUGCAACUGUGGUUUUCUCUCAAACUUACAUGUCUCGAAUCAUCUCUCCCGAGGGAUGGAAUGACUGGGGAAAUCUGACCCGAGACAAGACUGUGACUUUUGGAGAGCAUAGAUGCUAUGGAGAAGGAUCUGAUUACAAAGGGAGGGUUCCAUAUGCGAAACAACUAACAGAUUCAGAAGCAUCUUCAUUCACAGACAUUUCCUACAUUGAUGGAGAUCAGUGGCUGAAUGGAACUAAGAUACCAUCCGAGCUAAACAUUGAAGAACACGAAGACAAUCUUAUCAGUUCUUACUGAAUUAUGUAAGGAUUCUAAUGCCUAGAUGCAUAGACCAAAGACAAUGUCAAAGAAAUAUGGUCUUAUUAGAUUACUUUAAGUUAAGACAUGAAGAGUCAGUUGCUUGUUGGAAAUGA